UCUGUAUCCACCAGCCACAACGUUGACUACCGCCGCCAGCCAUGUCGCAUAGCAAAAGAAAUACCAGUCUCGCCUUCUUCACUGCGCACGAGAGGAACGAGCUGAAGGGCCACUGGGGCUCCAAGUCGACCCGACUCACCCGCGACAGCUUCUUGCCUUUCGGCAGCUGCCAGCUAUGCCUCCUUCCCGCCCGUGAUCCUGUCUCGUGCCCCAGCUAUGGCCAUCUUUUCUGCCGGGAGUGUGCCGUCAGCAACCUCCUCGCCCAGAGUAAGGAGCUGAAGCGCCUACGAAAAGAAGCCGAGCGCCGCCAACUGGAGGAUGCGGAGGAGAAGGACCUCGAGGCUGCCGAGGCUCAGGCCCGCGCCGUCGAGGAAUUUGAGAAAGUGCAAGCCGGUCUGAACGCCAGGUCGGGCGGCAGUGGUGCAUCAACGAGACACACCAUUGUCGGCCGAGAAAAUGGGAAAGUGGUUGUUGAGCAAGAUGUCGAGGAAGGCACGGGCAAAGGCACAAAGAGAAAGUUCGAGGUGGACGAGGCCGAGCUGGUCCGUCUAGCCAACCAAGACCGUGACAAGGCUAGAAAGCUUAUGCAGGACGAGAAGGAUGCGAAACCACACUUGCCCGCCUUCUGGGUUGCUGGCAAGACACCCGAUAACAAGAAAUCGGAUCUAAAACCCAUCAAACAGCACCCGACAUGUCCUGCGGCUGCUGCCGAUAAACCGCACGACUUCACCCUCAAGACUUUGGUGACUGUUCAGUUCACGGAAGAAAAGGAAAAGUCUUCGACCGACUCGACGGCGCCAUCGCGCACUUGUCCGGCCUGCAAUAAAGCUCUCUCCAAUUCCACAAAAGCAAUACUGGCCAAACCGUGUGGACAUGUUCUUUGCAAGCCCUGCAGCGAUAAGUUCCAAAAGUCCCCGGAGAAGUCAGCGCACGAGCACGAGCAUGAUGCUACGGUCCGAUGUUAUGUAUGUCAGGAAGACGUGACCCCUGGCAGGAAGACGAGGCGCAAGAAGGACUCGGAGACGGGGGAGAAGGAUAGUAAAGUGGAGAGAGGUCUAGUCGAGCUGGCUAGUGAUGGGACUGGGUUUGCUGGCGGCGGCAAGAGUGAGGUCAAGAAACUGGGGAUUGCUUUUCAGUGUUGA